UUUUUUUUUAUCGUCUUCAUGUGUUGCAUUUUUCAAUCCAUCCGUCGUUUGUGCACUUUGUGUGUGUGUGUGUUUAUUUUAAAAAAAGAUCUUACAGUGUUGCCAGUGUAAUCUAAACCGACCCACCGGAAGCGAUGGAGACGAAGAGGCAAUCGGGACAGGCGACCUUUGCACUUGUUUUGUCGCAUUUUUUGAUGUGAUGCUUGAAAAAGGGGGCGGAGAGGCCAGCCCGUACAUUUCUUGACACUUUUUGGAGGUCAUUAGUUAUCCGCACCCAAUCUUUGAUUAGUAUCGUGCUGCCUGUUUGGCAUGUAGACGUCUGUCUGUAGGGGUCCCUUUUUCUUGAAACCCCCAAAUCCCUGAAUGUGUUACUUGCAGCCGCAUUGCCAAUACGUGUACGAAAAUAUGGGAAAGAAAGAGACAACAUGCGCUCGGUUAUGCGGACUCUGAUUGGACUCAGCACGCCAUCCCUCUGGCAUUUAGUUUGAGUGAAAUACAGUUCUCACACGUGACUCUACUUGAAGAUUUCUCUGCGCUGAAUUGCUUUUGUGUUUGUGUGGUUCCCAAAUUUUUUUUUAAAUUCAUUUUCGAGUGAAACGUAUCUAACCUUCGACAGCUGACGGAUUAUCAAAUUACCAUGGAAUCGGCAGAAAGAUGGCAGUGACGUACAGAGCAAUCGAACGCUAUUCAGCCCGUCGGGUGCCACCACUGCCGUCUGAAAGCGUGGGACUGAAACAUGUUAAUCAGAUCAUCUGUCGGGCAGCGUCUUUCUAUUUUGCUAGGCUCAAAUCGCUGCUCGGUACGGAUUUGAACCUAUUCGGCACUGUCCGACUGUGGCUGACGAAUCUCGUUCUCGUUGCUUACUUCACUUUGGUGCCUUACUUUCUUAUCACUGCAGUGCUCAAAUGGACCGUCAGAUGGAUACUGACCUACUAUUACUCCAGCCGAGAAGGCAUCCGUUGCGUGACUUUUGACGAUGAUGCCAACCGGAAUUACAAAGGGCAUCUUUCGUCUUGGGCCUUCUCGGUUUACCUGGUCGAUUCCGGCGGUGCCAGUCCAGCGCAGCUCCUGCAAUCGAUUAUAGAUUGCACAAAAGAUCAGCCCGCUUUGAAACUUGUACGUAAAGCGGAAGCCUUUGGUUGGAUCCAUUUGUGGAAACUUCCGCAACCAAGCGAAAGUCCACUCCGAAUGACGGUGCAAGAACUACCACCGGUUUGGAAGCAUCAGCUCGUCACGGAAGACUCUGUCCACGAAUACGUGUCGGAAAUUUAUCAACGUCCGGACGGAAUAGAAACGGAUAGCCAACGUCCACCUUGGAGAGUGUAUUUGAUUCCUUUAGCGCUGGCCAACGAUCCCGACACAGUUUUCUCCAGCUCAAGUAAUUGCUGUUUGCUGGUCCGCUGUCAUCGCCUCUUGUGCAAUCCGCUGGAUUCACUCAUCCGUGAGGCACUUGACAAGCGCUGGAUUGAGAGAGAUGGCCCCACAUCCAGCAGAGUUUCCCAAAGUUUUGAUACUCCUCAGCGAACAGUAGCGACCGGAAGCGGAUGCGUUCACGUGUCGUGGACGCAUCCGAUUCCAUCGAUCGACUUUAUCGAUCGCAUCUGUCUGCUGACUGGCGCCACCUCCGCACAGGUUGUCCUCGCCGCUUUCUGCCAGUCCAUCAACCAGUGCUACAGACAAUCAGCUGCUUCAACCGGAACACUUCAAGUGGAUAUGAAGGCUGGCUCGUCUCACCAUUAUUACACACUUCCGCUCGGUUCGGCGAGCCUUGAAGAUGGACAGUUUGUUCUGAAAACACUUGAACGCCAGCUGGAAAAGCCCAGCGACCCUUACCGUACGAUUCCGGCAAACAGUUGUUUCCCGCUACGCGGAAUGGCUGCUCAAACGAACGUUUUAUCAGUGCAAAUGGAUGUUGUUGACAGCUGCAAGUCCCUCUCCGGAAUCUCGGGUUCUUUUUUUCAAUGGACUGCAUUUCCGACGCCUUUAAUCCCUAUCCGGCUUUGCCUAUGGACGGAUGAGUCUAGCAUCCGGCUAGGCCUCAUUCAACAUCAUCAGCUCUUGUUGCCGGUUAGAGCGGACGACAUUGAACGUCGGAUCCAUCAAUUAGCUGCCGGAUUGGGCGUUCAAAAUCGCCGACCUCUUUCACGUCAUUCCUCUGCAUCCAGCUCACCCCAACGACUGACCCCGCCACCCACUCCUCGUCCUUCAGACAUUUCCCGUUGAAACAAAAGAACAUCAUUUUUUUUCCCCACUCCUUUCGAACUCGGAAUACACGAUGCAUUUUUAGAAAUAGAA